CGCUCCCCUUUGACCCUUCGCUCGCGUGCUACACAUCCGGGCCUCUGCUACUAGUGAGAGGAAGAUGGCGGCCGCGGCUGUUGUGGUUCCCGCAGAGUGGAUAAAGAACUGGGAGAAAUCAGGGAGAGGCGAAUUUUUGCAUUUAUGUCGGAUCCUCAGUGAAAAUAAAAGCCAUGAUAGUUCGACAUACAGAGAUUUCCAGCAAGCUCUCUAUGAAUUGUCAUAUCAUGUAAUUAAAGGAAAUCUAAAGCAUGAACAGGCAUCUAAUGUUCUUAAUGACAUUAGUGAAUUUCGUGAGGAUAUGCCCUCCAUUCUUGCUGAUGUAUUCUGCAUAUUAGAUAUUGAAACAAAUUGUUUAGAAGAAAAAAGCAAGAGAGACUAUUUUACACAGUUGGUAUUAGCAUGUUUGUAUUUAGUUUCAGACACAGUCCUGAAGGAACGCCUGGAUCCAGAAACACUGGAAUCAUUAGGGCUUAUCAAACAAUCACAGCAAUUCAAUCAAAAGUCAGUUAAAAUCAAGACAAAACUCUUUUAUAAGCAGCAGAAAUUCAAUUUGUUAAGAGAAGAGAAUGAAGGUUAUGCCAAGCUGAUUGCUGAAUUGGGGCAAGAUUUAUCUGGAAGCAUUACUAGUGAUUUAAUCUUAGAAAAUAUCAAAUCUUUAAUAGGAUGCUUUAAUCUGGAUCCCAAUAGAGUUUUGGAUGUCAUUUUAGAAGUGUUUGAAUGCAGGCCAGAACACGAUGACUUCUUUAUAUCUUUGUUAGAAUCUUACAUGAGUAUGUGUGAACCGCAAACACUGUGUCAUAUUCUUGGGUUCAAAUUCAAGUUUUACCAGGAACCAAAUGGCGAGACACCAUCAUCUUUAUACAGAGUUGCAGCUGUACUUCUACAAUUUAAUCUUAUUGAUUUAGAUGAUCUUUAUGUACAUCUUCUUCCAGCCGAUAAUUGCAUUAUGGAUGAACACAAACGAGAAAUUGCGGAAGCUAAGCAAAUUGUUAGAAAACUUACGAUGGUUGUGUUGUCUUCUGAAAAAAUGGAUGAUCGAGAGAAAGAAAAGGAGAAAGAAGAGGAGAAAGUAGAGAAGCCACCUGAUAACCAAAAACUUGGCUUGUUGGAAGCCUUAUUAAAGAUCGGUGACUGGCAACAUGCACAGAACAUUAUGGAUCAGAUGCCUCCAUACUAUGCAGCUUCACAUAAGCUAAUAGCACUUGCUAUUUGCAAGCUCAUUCACAUAACUAUUGAACCUCUCUACCGAAGAGUUGGUGUUCCUAAAGGUGCUAAGGGCUCACCUGUUAAUGCUUUGCAAAACAAGAGGGCACCAAAACAAGCUGAGAGUUUUGAAGAUUUGAGGAGAGACGUGUUCAAUAUGUUCUGUUACCUUGGUCCUCACCUUUCUCAUGAUCCCAUUUUAUUCGCAAAAGUGGUGCGCAUAGGCAAGUCAUUUAUGAAGGAGUUUCAGUCUGAUGGAAGCAAACAAGAAGAUAAAGAAAAAACGGAAGUUAUCCUUAGCUGUUUGCUUAGCAUUACUGACCAGGUACUACUUCCAUCUCUUUCUUUGAUGGACUGCAAUGCUUGUAUGUCUGAGGAACUAUGGGGAAUGUUUAAAACAUUUCCAUAUCAGCAUAGAUAUCGUCUGUAUGGCCAGUGGAAGAAUGAAACUUAUAACAGUCACCCACUUUUAGUAAAAGUUAAAGCUCAAACAAUAGACAGAGCCAAAUAUAUCAUGAAGCGCCUAACCAAGGAAAAUGUGAAGCCUUCUGGAAGACAAAUUGGGAAGCUGAGCCACAGCAAUCCAACCAUUUUGUUUGAUUAUGUAUGUUUUGAGAUCUUGUCACAAAUACAGAAGUAUGAUAACUUAAUAACACCUGUAGUAGAUUCAUUGAAAUACCUCACUUCAUUGAAUUAUGAUGUUUUGGCCUAUUGUAUCAUUGAAGCUUUAGCUAAUCCAGAAAAGGAAAGAAUGAAACAUGAUGACACAACCAUUUCAAGCUGGCUUCAGAGUCUGGCUAGUUUCUGUGGUGCAGUUUUUCGUAAAUAUCCAAUUGAUCUUGCCGGUCUUCUUCAGUAUGUUGCCAAUCAGCUAAAGGCGGGUAAAAGUUUUGACCUGCUUAUAUUGAAAGAAGUGGUGCAAAAAAUGGCAGGAAUAGAAAUUACAGAGGAAAUGACAAUGGAGCAACUAGAGGCCAUGACUGGUGGAGAGCAGCUAAAAGCUGAGGGUGGUUAUUUUGGUCAGAUCAGAAACACUAAAAAAUCCUCUCAGAGAUUAAAGGAUGCUCUGUUGGACCAUGAUCUUGCCCUUCCUCUCUGUCUCCUUAUGGCUCAGCAGAGGAAUGGGGUAAUCUUUCAGGAAGGUGGAGAGAAACAUUUGAAACUUGUGGGAAAGCUCUAUGACCAGUGUCAUGAUACCCUGGUGCAGUUUGGCGGGUUUUUAGCAUCUAAUCUGAGCACAGAAGAUUAUAUAAAGCGAGUGCCUUCAAUUGAUGUACUCUGUAAUGAAUUUCAUACACCCCAUGAUGCAGCAUUUUUCCUGUCUAGGCCAAUGUAUGCCCAUCAUAUUUCGUCAAAGUAUGAUGAACUUAAAAAAUCAGAAAAGGGAAGUAAACAGCAACAUAAAGUUCAUAAGUACAUAACAUCAUGUGAGAUGGUGAUGGCGCCUGUCCAUGAAGCAGUGGUCUCCUUACAUGUUUCCAAAGUCUGGGAUGACAUCAGCCCUCAAUUCUAUGCCACGUUCUGGUCAUUGACAAUGUAUGACCUUGCAGUUCCACACACCAGCUAUGAACGAGAAGUCAAUAAACUUAAAGUCCAGAUGAAAGCAAUUGAUGACAAUCAAGAAAUGCCCCCAAAUAAAAAGAAAAAAGAGAAGGAGCGCUGUACUGCUCUUCAGGACAAGCUUCUUGAAGAAGAAAAGAAACAGAUGGAACAUGUACAGAGAGUUCUACAGAGAUUGAAACUGGAAAAGGACAACUGGCUUUUAGCAAAAUCUACCAAAAAUGAGACCAUCACAAAAUUUCUACAGCUGUGUAUAUUUCCUCGAUGUAUUUUUUCAGCAAUUGAUGCUGUUUACUGUGCUCGUUUUGUUGAAUUGGUACAUCAACAGAAAACUCCAAAUUUUUCCACACUUCUUUGCUAUGAUCGAGUUUUCUCUGACAUAAUUUACACAGUUGCAAGCUGUACUGAAAAUGAAGCCAGUCGAUAUGGAAGGUUUCUUUGCUGCAUGUUAGAGACUGUGACCAGGUGGCAUAGCGAUAGAGCCACAUAUGAAAAGGAAUGUGGAAACUAUCCAGGAUUCCUUACCAUAUUGCGGGCAACUGGAUUUGAUGGUGGAAAUAAGGCUGAUCAAUUAGACUAUGAAAAUUUUCGACAUGUUGUACAUAAAUGGCAUUAUAAACUAACCAAGGCAUCGGUACAUUGCCUUGAAACAGGCGAAUAUACUCACAUCCGGAAUAUCUUGAUUGUGCUAACAAAAAUACUUCCUUGGUACCCAAAAGUUUUGAAUCUGGGUCAAGCUUUGGAAAGAAGAGUACACAAAAUCUGCCAAGAAGAAAAAGAGAAGAGGCCAGAUCUAUAUGCAUUGGCUAUGGGCUACUCUGGGCAGUUGAAAAGUAGAAAGUCAUACAUGAUACCUGAAAAUGAGUUUCAUCACAAAGACCCCCCUCCGAGGAAUGCAGUUGCCAGUGUGCAAAAUGGGCCUGGUGGUGGGCCUUCUUCAUCAUCAGUAGGAAGUACAUCUAAAUCGGAUGAAAGCAGUACUGAGGAGACUGAUAAAUCAAGGGAGAGAUCUCAGUGUGGUGUGAAAGCUGUUAAUAAAGCUUCUAGUACCACACCUAAAGGGAAUUCAAGCAAUGGAAAUAGUGGCUCUAACAGCAACAAAGCUGUUAAAGAAAAUGACAAAGAAAAAGGGAAAGAGAAGGAAAAAGAGAAAAAAGAAAAGACUCCAGCUACUACUCCAGAGGCCAGGGUACUUGGUAAAGAUGGUAAAGAAAAACCAAAGGAGGAGCGGCCAAAUAAAGAUGAAAAAGCAAGAGAAACCAAGGAAAGAACGCCAAAGUCUGACAAAGAAAAAGAAAAAUUCAAGAAGGAAGAAAAAGUUAAAGAUGAGAAAUUCAAGACCACUGUCCCCAACGCAGAAUCAAAAUCAAGUCAAGAAAGGGAAAGAGAGAAGGAGCCAUCCAGAGAGAGAGAUAUAGCAAAGGAAAUGAAAUCAAAGGAAAAUGUUAAAGGAGGAGAAAAAACGCCAGUUUCUGGGUCCUUGAAGUCACCUGUUCCCCGAUCAGAUAUUCCAGAGCCUGAAAGGGAACAAAAACGCCGCAAAAUUGAUACUCACCCUUCUCCAUCGCAUUCCUCCACAGUAAAGGACAGUCUCAUCGAACUCAAGGAAUCUUCAGCAAAGCUCUACAUUAAUCAUACUCCUCCACCACUGUCCAAGAGUAAGGAGAGAGAAAUGGACAAGAAAGAUUUGGACAAGUCAAGGGAAAGAUCCAGAGAAAGAGAGAAAAAAGAUGAAAAGGACAGGAAAGAGCGGAAAAGGGAUCACUCAAACAAUGACCGUGAAGUGCCACCGGACUUAACCAAGAGACGUAAAGAAGAAAAUGGAACAAUGGGGGUUUCAAAACAUAAAAGUGAAAGUCCAUGUGAAUCUCCUUAUCCAAAUGAAAAAGAUAAGGAAAAAAAUAAGUCAAAAUCUUCAGGCAAAGAAAAAGGCAGUGAUUCAUUUAAAUCUGAGAAGAUGGAUAAAAUCUCCUCCGGUGGCAAAAAGGAGUCUAGGCAUGAUAAAGAAAAGAUAGAAAAGAAAGAGAAACGGGACAGUUCAGGAGGAAAGGAAGAGAAGAAACAUCAUAAGUCCUCGGACAAGCACAGAUAAUGAAGACUUUCAAUCAAGGCUAUGGACAGACCCCCCCCUAAGCUGAAAGUCUCCCAGAGGAGGAUGCCAAAGCUCCGUGCGUCACUCUCAGAACGAUAUCUCCCAUAAUUAAGAGCUUCUGGUGCUGUCCAUUUAAUGGGAAUCUGCUUUAAGUCAGAAGAUGAAUACACACCACCAUCCUCUUGACGAGACAUUCCAAAGUCACUGAUUUUCAGAACAUUAUUUUCACCUCCAGGCAGUUUCUUGCAGCAAGGUCCCUGUGUGUACAAUUUCUACUCGAGAUACAUCAUCCAGAAGCAGCAUCUAAUGAAAAUUUCACUAACUGAAUUUUAGUUCAUUCUUCUUUCUCAGAAAGGAGAGGAAAUCGCCUCCUGGAACCAGUUCCUUAAAUUAUGUAGAUAGGCCGUCUUUGUGUGCGAACUCCUAUACAGUUGACAAUACUGGGAUGAUAAUAUUGCUUGAGGAUUUUGGCUUCUAGUAAACAUUUUAAUUUCACUUCCUGGGAAAGAUGUUCUUUACAUGUUUUAACAGCAACAGCAAUUUUCCCUUUAAUGUUCCCUUAAAUGUGUCACCAAAAUUUCCCUUGCCAAGUAAUUCUUCUAAUGUGACAUCUUUAUGAUUGAGAACCCAUUUCUUAUUCUCCUAAUUAUGGCGAUACUGUGAUAAUGAUGCUCUUAAUUGGAACAUUGACCUUUUUUUUUUUUUUUUGGCAAUUUAAACAAUAGAGAUGAAAUUCGUGUAACAUCAAAUUUGCCUUUUUUUGUUUUUUUGAAACAGAGUCUUGUUCUUGUCGCCAAGGCUGGAGUGCAGUGGCGUGAUCUUGGCUCACUGCAGCCUCCGCCUCUUGGGUUCAAGCAAUUCUCCUUUCUCAACCUCCUGAGUAGAUGGGAUUACAGGCUUGCACCACCACACCUGGCUAAUUUUUGUAUUUUUAGUAGAGAUGGGGUUUCACCAUGUUGGCCAGGAUGGUCUCGAUCUCCUGACCUCAUAAUCCACCUGCCUCAGCCUCCCAAAGUGCUGGGAUUACAGGUGUGAGCCACUGGCCUCAGAUUUGCCAUUUUAAAGUGUACUCUUCAGUGAUUUUUAGUAUAUCCACUAUGUUGUGCAAGGAUCACUGCUGUCUAUUUCCAGAACGUUUCUAUCACCCUAAAAAGAAACUCUCUGCCUAUUAGCAGUCGCUCCCAAUUCUUCCUUUCCCCAGCCCCUGGAAAUCAAUAAUGUGCUUCCUGUCCUUAUGAUUUUGCCUGUUUUGGACACUUCAUUUAAAUGGAAUCAUGCAAUAAUCUGUAGCCUUUGUGUUUGGCUUUCACUUAGCAUCAUGUUCUCAAGGUUCAUCCAUGCCAUAGCAUCUAUCAGUACUCCAUUCCUUUUUAUUGUGAAAUGAUGUUUCAUUGUAUGAGUGUGUAUCACUUUUUAUUUAUCCAUUCAUCAAUUAAUGGACAGGAACAAUGGCUUUUAAGUAUUGUAAGUUCAUCAUGUAUCCACAGUUACUGAUAAUGUCAAGAUUAUACAUGGUGUGAACAGAAUGCUGUGUAGAAAUGAUAUGUAAAUUAUUUGUCAGCAUUUCAUGUAAGUGUGAUGAUUUUCUAAGGACCCUUCUAGCCCUGGUUUUAAGAAAUAUGUGAAUGUAGUAUUUUCAUCAAUAAAGUUUAAUGCAUUAAGCAUUAGUUUAAAAUUUGAAGGCAGAUGUGAAGAUAUUUGCCACAUGUUGUAAUAAUCAUGUUUUGAAGUUAUUUCACUAUGAAGUAUUUGAAAAAUGUCAAUACAUAAAGGAAAGGAAAUGAUUAUAAUUGAGUCAAUAUAUUUUUAAAGCAAUUUUUAUAAUUUAGCAGACAUUGCAUCUUAAUAUAAGUUACUAUUAAAAUUGUGUCCUUGUGAAAAAUGUGAUGUCAUUUUUCUUUUUUUGUUGAUCAUGUAAAAUAGUUACUUUUCUUUGCUGUAUUUUCUGUUUACUUUUGAUAAGCUAUUGCUUGCCUCUGUGGAAUGUUUUACUUGUUGUUCCAUUUUUUUUCUCCCUACCCCCACUUCUCUCUCCAACAUGCACACAGUGUUCAAUUUUUCUUUAAGUCAUCAUUAGUGUGCUUAUCUUUAAUGGUUUCUAAGAAUGGACAAUGAGAAACACAAAUAUUUUCUCCUUUACUGGGGACUCAAGUCUUUGUUACUGAUGCAACCCAUUAACUUUU